AUGGAUUCCAGUGAUGAAGACGACGACCACGAUGAGGAUGAUGACAACCACGGCAGGGCCGUCUUGCAACCUCCGAGCUCACCGGAUACCGUCUUCUCGUCGACUCCACCCAAGCAUAGGCGCAAAGCCGCUCGCCGUUCCGAGUCGGCCGUCGUCAAGCUGAGCGCCCUUCUUCACCAACAACAAGACGAGGUCGGGCCCCCGUCCGAAGGGACCGAGCCGAGUCCAGUGAUCCCCGAUUGGAUGGAUCUGCGCAUAGAACACUCCAUAUGGGUCCAGAUCUUCGAGUAUGCCGCCGUCCACCCCGGCCAAAAUCUCAUCAGGACCCAGUGGCUGCUGCAGACCGCCCUCGUCUGCAGGGCCUUCUUGGAUCCUGCCCUUACCGUCCUGUACCGGUGCCCUCCCUUGACCUCGGAUACCAGGUUGCAGCGCCUGAACCUUUUGCUCUCGACGUGCCCCUCGCAGACUAGGCUCAACUACCGAGCCAAGAUCAGGUCGCUCCACAUCGAUGUCACCAAGACCCAUCUCCGCGAAGGUUUGGCCGAUCCUGGCCUCCUCAUCCGAAACCUCACCAACCUAUCCGAGGUUCGGCUGGUGCACCCGUACGACGAACCCCCCUACCGUAACUUGACGGACCAUAUUCGCUUCGACUACCCGGCGCCUCUCUUCCACGCCCUGGACGUGGCGAGGGAGGACGACAAGCGCCGCCCCACGCGCCUGAAGUCCUGGCAGUGGAACGCCAGGAUGAUGAAGCAAGGAUUCGUCCGCAGCCUGGCCGCGGUGCGGGAGUUACACCUGACGCCCGCCUUCGCCGAGCUGCGCACCAUUCACUUCGUCAACUACCAGCUACCUUCCUGGGAGCGUCACAGGAAGCCCCCCGCCGCCGACGACUCGGCCCAGAUCGCCGCCGAUGAGAUGUACGCGCGCGAGCUCGCCGGCUGCCUGGCCGUCCUGGGACAUUUGGAGGAUCUCACCUUUGAGAGUUCGAGCGUGGUCGGUCCGCCGUUGCUUGACCUGCUUCCCAGCCGGCUGAAGCGCGUCCAGUUCACCAACUGCUGGCUCCUCGACUCACAGGACCUUGCCGCCUAUCUCACGUCCCACGGCCAGAACCUGGAAUCCCUCACUCUGAACCACAACCAUUCCCUCGACCUCGCUUUCCUUCCGCUUCUAGGCCCCACCUGUCCGAAUCUGAAAGAGCUGCGGAUGAACAUGAGGUACUUCCGAGAACACGAUUCCUGGGGCGACGCGGCCCCCAACUACGAGCACCUGCUGCUUCCCGACCAGGUCCCCAAGUGGCCCCCGUCUCUGCAGCUGGUCGACUUGGACAGUCUCCGGCGGUGGACCCCGCACGUGGCCGAGAUGUUCUUCCAAUCCUUCAUCGACAGCGCCCCCGCGCUGCCCAUGCUGCGCCACCUGUCGCUCAAGUGCAUGCUGAACAUCCCCUGGCGCCAGCGAAGCGCCAUGCGGCAAGAGUGGCAGGAGAGGCUGGAGGCCAUCUUCCUCCGGCCCUACGAGCCGCCCGAGGAGCACUACACGCUCCGCGCCGCCCUCGCGCCCCCUCCCGCCUUCGGACAGGUCGCCAAGCCCAAGACCAAGAAGGCGGCCGCAACCCGACCGUCGCGCCAGAGUGUCCGGAUCGCAACCCUGCAGGGGGACUCGCCCUCGCGAGCUGGUGCUGCGGGGAAGAACCUGCGUUCCCUCGGCCGCACCCUGUACGAAGAGCCGGACAGCGACGAGUUUGAUGUCGAGAUGGCCGAAGAACAGGAUGCUGAUGGCGGCGGUGGUGGUGGUGAAUCGGAAGCCGACGGCAGCGGGACCGGAGAAGAACCCCGCCGUUCCUUCUUCGUACAGGGCCUUUGCAACGUCGUCAGUCUCAAGCUCGACAACCAGAAGCCCAGGGAGCAGCAGUGGCAGAUGGCGGACUUUGUCGAUUCGACGGAUGAUGCCAGUGACCCGGAGUGGCCUGGCACCGAAGACGACGAGGAGUAG